AUGAUGCCCCUAUUUCAGGUCUCUCCACUCAUCAAGCUCAGCCAAUACUCAGCCCUGGUCCUUGGCAUAGCCUACGGCACCAAGUACUAUAGUUACCUAAAGCCUUGGGUAGAGGAGGAGAGGAGGGUUACAGCAGAGGAAAAGAAGAGACUAGAUGAGCUGAAAUGGAUUGAGAGAGAAUGGGCAGAAGCUCAAGAUGACAGCAUACUCAAGUGA